AAAAGAUUGGCAAACCCGUUUGCAAAGAAGAGGAGUAGUUCCGAGGAAUCGUUCGGAGGUAAGAAGAGGAUUUUAUCAGUGACUGAGGUUGACACAACACCGGAAGUUCCAUUGUGGGAGAAAGAAGUCAAGAGUCCUAUAGAGCAGGAAGAUAAACAUAGAAACGCGGAAGUUCUCGAUAAUAAUGAUCUUGGGUUUGUAUUUCUUAAUGAAGACUCGAUACAGGCCAUGUUUACACCUGAUUGUUUUCCAAAAUUGGCACCAGUGGAGAAAAAAACAAAACAUGACGCACUACCUGCUGAUUGGAGUAUAAAGACUAAAGCAAGGUUUUUAUCUCCAUCAUCAUUUGCGUGGUGUGCACGCGUACGUGGAAACGAGGAAGCAAAAUCUAUAACAAGAUCUGUGCGUUGUCAAAAACUUGAGACCACAACACAAACACAGUCUGACUUACGUAUUGAGUUAUGUAAGUGUUUAGUUUACCACCAACACCCGUCUGUGCCGUGGUUUAAAUUAUUCCCAAGGUUUGGUUCUGAUUGUCGGUUGGUUCCUGGAAUAACAACGGAACCUCUUUCAACCGAACAUGCAAAGACAUGCAUGUAUGAUAGCUGGGCUGCUGCGUUUCGUUCUUCGUACCAACUGCUCCGUGAAAACCUUUGUCCAUAUUUCUACAUUUGUGCUCAACAAUAUACAGCCCUGUUUAGAUCAGCGGUUGUUUCACCUUGCUGUGAGGUCAACUGCCUUAUCACCCCAACAUCUAUGGGGUUUCGUAAAUCACUGAAAUCGGAAGGUAUUGAAUUCACGAUGCCGUUACAACAAUUAAAUACGCAACAAUCUGAUUCUGUAAAUUCCGAUGUAAAAGAUUUGAAUGAAGGAUCAAAGGAAAACAGACCAGUUGCUGAAAAAAAUAAAUCACAUUGCUGUGCAGAUGUGGAGGCAGAUGAGCAAGAAGAGCAGCAAUGGAAAGACAUCAGUAACGGACUUCAAUUCAGGAAAAAUAAAGAAAUAAAUUUAGCAGUUCGUAGCGAUGGACAACCACGGACUGCUGUUCUUGUGAAGGGAAUGACACAAACACAGAUUCUCUUCAACUAUUUACUCAACUGCAAAAGCAGCACAGCAAACUCUGGGCCACAAGCUGGCGUACCACCAACUAUUUUGUCCCCAGUCCCUUUUAUUGGUUCGUCCUUGAAAAAGUUGGAUCUGAGGGCAGGAAUUGCCAAGAUGUGUGAAAAUGAUGGAAGUGAAUUUGACAGACAGUCAGCAAAAAAGAGUGGUGUUCCUAAAGAAAGAUUUAGUCUUGAUAUAUCUGGUCCACUAAUGCCACACCAACUAAGUGGUAUUAUUACCUUACUGAACAAAACACAAGAUGAUGGUAACUUCACUUGUGCGUUCGGUACACACAUGUACACUGCACCAUUUAACGCACCAAGUGAUGCAACUAUGGGCAAUAACAAAGAACCCCCAUCUUCUGACAUGCAAAAGUGUGGUAUUGCUGAAAACUUUGUGGCCAGGUUAACUAGUACAACUCCUGUUACUAUAAGACAAAUUGAAGUCGAAAAUGAAAAAUACAAUUGGCAAAGUUAAGCUUUUUGUUGCAAUUUGCUUUUGCAGUUACUGUUUACAUAGGUAUAUAUGUUUAGUUUGUUUUCUGUUUGAAGUUUUAUUUUAAAGUUUCUUACCACUUAUAUAUUUGGGGUUGAGCUUCUAUACCAGUGAGAUCCUACAGUGUGACGUACCAGGAGACCUUGGAUUUUGACCAGAGUUGGUUUGAGUUAAGAUAUAAGGUAAAUAUUGUUUGUGUCCUUUUACUCGCCAAUACACUUGCAGAGUAACGAUUACUUUUGGU